CGGAACACUACUUGUAGUUAACAAAAAAGUUGACAGUGUACCGCUCUUACUCUGCUCCUCAAUAACCACACUACCUUUAAUACACUGGUAUUAGAUAUGGCUUUCAGACAAGCAUGGAGAUCAAACGUUCGACAUGUAACAAACUUGUGUCGAACAUGUGAGAUUCGAAUGAAUUACCAAAGCGCUACACGAAUCCCACAUAUCUUCCGCCGCGCUCUGAAUGGUGACAUAACCAAGUAUGGCCGACAGACGUUUUCCACCAUAUCCACCGACACCCCGUCUAUUAAUGUAGAUGUAACCGAAAGUUUUGCUGGUUCACCGCAAUCACCAAUUAUACCCGACCAAGAACCUAUCAUGCAAUUGGAAAACAAGCGAUUGGAUGAAAUCUAUAAAGAGUACCAAGAAUUGUCGAAGGAAAGCAACUCAUUAACCGAGCAAGAUUUUAUCAACCUAAUGAACUAUUGCAAAAGGAACUCUUCAGCGCGAGCACACAAGUUUUUAGAGAGUUUGGUAGACGAUAUACAGAAGAUUGCUCCAGAAAAAACAUCACUCGUCACACGUGGCUACAAUAUGUUAUUGCAAACAUAUAUCCACGAUAAUCGCUGGGACGAUGCAGUCACAUUGGUAUCAACUCUAAUGAAAGGAGGUCGUUAUUAUAAUGAAGUUACAAUCAAUACCAUGAUAAGCGGUAGUUUAAAAACUUCAACCAUCAAGAAUUUACAUCAAUUCAUAGCCUACCUUGAAGAACAUCAGCACAAAUUGACCGACUCGAACGUCGAUAGAUUAAUCAAAGCCUGCCAUCUUGGAGGAGACGUUGAAUCUGCUAUCAUCUAUUUCAACAGAGCGAAAGCGGACCAAAGUGAAGUUGGAAGCCAUGCGUAUCAAAGUAUGAUAUAUGUCUUGAAAUUAGACAACCGAGUGGACGAAGCGCUUUCGGUGUUUAGUGACAUGGAAAAAUCUGGGAUCCCAGCCACCGUCGGUACAUAUCACAUUUUACUGGACUUGUUGAAUUGCAAUCAGCGAUCAAAAGAAAUGGAAGAUAUCUACAAGCGGUUUCAGAACAGCGGGUUAACGCCUAACAUCAGUAUCUACUUGGCCAUGGGGUGGGAUCUUCCCAGAGCAAUGGAUGAAUUGACGAAACAAGGUGGACAACUACAAGUCAGGGAUUACAACACAUUGAUAGUGAGAAGUAUACAAGAUAACAACAUUGAACAAGCCAUCUCUUAUUUUCAAAUUAUGCAAAAGGAAGGCAUCCAAGCUAAUCAUGUCAGCUACAGCAUCAUCAUGGAUGCUCUUUUGAAGAAUCGUACUGGAUCACAAGCUCUGGAUAUGUACGAGCAUAUGAUUAAGAGCGGAGUGCAGCCGGACACGCAUGCUUUCAACACCCUACUUGCUCAUCACAUCCAGAAUGACGACCGCGUUGAAUGCUUGAAAGCCUUAGAUAAGAUGCACGAAAAAGGCUUUACACCUGACGCUCGGACUAUUAACUUUUUAAUGUCUAUUGUUCUAUCGGAUGGGAAGGAUGCUCAGAAGGACUGCGAGUUUUUAAUGAAGCUGUUUGCUAAACUGAAAGAAGUUCACAGCCCACCAACCGCCAAAACGUACAACCACGUUUUAAACGGACUCGCGAGAUUAGCCUUGGAACGACCGCUCACACCUAGCAAUAAAUUCAAGAUCACCAAAAACAAAGGAAGCGUUCCGUUGGAGCUUUUACCAGAAAAUGCCAUUGAGUUGAUGAGAGAGCUGUACAAGCAAAUGUGUAGAUCACCACUCAAGUUCGCAAAGCCCAACUCUACAACAUACGAUUUGUUGAUUUGUUCACUUAUUGACGCCACGCAGUACAGAGCAGCCAUGCGACUAUAUGAAGAUUCAAAAAGGAGCAACGUGAGCGUUGGAAAUGAUGUCCUUGUACGAAUACAGCAGGGCCUUGUCGAAUCUGGGAUGGAUAUGCAAGUGAUUCAAAUGUUCUAUGACCAUCGCCAUAAAAAAUCACCCAUCAAGGACCCUAGAUACUACAAUUCUGUUCUAGAUACCUGCAGGCGACUUGGAUUGUCAGACACAUACCAAGAGGUGCUUAAGGAGUCGGAACAGUUGACUGGAAUAAGCUUAGAAGAUAACUGAUAUAAAGUAGCUCAACAUGGCGGCGUAAAUUGUACAUUUGAUGGGACUUGGAAAUGAAAUGGGAAACAUAUCCAGUAGCAAGUUUGUCAAUGAGGAAAUAAGGAGCUAUCAGUAAUUUAGUUACCUGUAACCAUUAUGUCAAAAAGUUACCGAUACAAAAUAAACGCGUUAUGAGCAAUCAGAGC